AUGUCAGCUACACAGCGCGUAGAUGCUCUCGACUUCCUGGACGUCGCGCACGAUGACGAGCUUCCGGGCUACGGUGAGGCUGAGACGGCUCCAGCCUACGAUGACGGCGCAUACGACGGGCCCCUUGUUACCUACCAUCUUCGCCAGUACGACCGCAAGAUACAGAUGCUUGCUGCUUACAAUGGGCCGCUCGCUUCUUCGUACAGAAUCACAACGAACAGCUUCCGCGUCUUCUCGAAGAAGCCGGAGAUGGAGGUGCUGCAUACGUCGCAGGAUAUGCGCCAACGGAAUAUAGCUGCGCUUUCGUAUGACAACGACGGAGGGUUCCCCUGGCGGCCGCGUGCGCAUUUUGAUUAUGCUUCGGAGGACGGGUUGCGUACAAAGUACAAGAUGGAGUCGCUGAACUUUGAAGACUGGAGUCUCACGGUUGGAGACAAGACGUACGUCUGGGUACUCGAGAUGCGACCGAUCGCAUUGGGUGUGUACGAGAAAGGCUCUAGCAAGGUCAUUGCGCGCUUUACGUUCUCAGACAAAGGUGUGCUGGCACUCAGAGGCGCCGAGGUCGGUGAGAUGACUGUGUUUCGCGAUGGACUGACACUGGCGCCGGGUGGGAUUGACAAAGUCAUCUGUGGCACCAUGGUUGUCCUCACCUUCUUCAAAAGAAUGGGCAGGAACUAUACGAAUCCGAAGAUGGAUGGGUUGGCGAGGACGAGCCCGACUAGGGUGAAAGUCUGGAUCGCAGCGGAUCCAGUGAAUCUGCCGAUCAAAAGAGCAAGUGGAGACGGGGCCCGUUCAAGACGACAAGGCCAUCCCCGCUUGCCAAGUGGCCUGAACCCGUGUUUGCUGGUGGAGAGUGAGCCGGACAAGACGCACAACACACUUGGUGCUGCAGCGCAACAAGGUGAGAACAAGUGUGGCUCAGAGGCAUUGCGCGGUCAGAUUGCACGCUCGUCUAGGCCAGGGAACUUGUGCCAAUCUCUCCCCGGGAGGUCCGCCCUCCAUCCUUUUCCACCACAGUGGACGCGACGUGCGCUGAGUCUCUUGCUGCUCAUCCGCACCUGGGUCCGCCUGCCAGAGCACACCGGCUCGUCCUCUCUUUUCGCGCACGCAAGAAUCGUACGAGUUAUGGUCAAGAUGCGGAUUCCCAUCCGUGAGCAGCUGGGAUGUCUGGUUCUGCUGGCUUCCAUGAUAGGCCUGGCUGUGGUAGCUGUCGCAACAUGGCUCACUAACCACAACUUCGUCUUGAAUAUACGGUCGACUCGUCUCACGCUGACAGCCUCUCUCAAAGCCGCCCAAUUGUCGUCGAAUCUGGCUCUCAUGCAAAUCCUCACUCAACAGGCUGCCAACCGUCUCUCUCCACAGUCUGCCCUCAGCCGAUACUACAACGGAAAUUUAUCAGAUGAAAACUGGUCCCGGGUCGAGGAGGACUACGAUGCCAUCUUCUCCGGUGACAUGCGGACCCGUGUGGCUAUCCAAGCUCAGAUAUACCCCUUCAACUCCUCCGAGCGCUCUAUAUUCAGUCGGACUGCAUACACCAUGAUGGACGUUGUGCUGCCCAUACUCAAGCCUGACGGACAGAAUGCAACACUGGGCGACACCGAGUACGGUUUCAUCCCGGAGCUCUAUCCCAAAUUCACUGUAGAGACCAUACCAUAUAACGACACUGUCAACACGUACAAGGCACACUACCAAGGCAGAACUAUCGACAACACCACCUACCUCUUUUCCGGGCCAUACCGCGUCAACGAAACACUCAGCCUAGUGUCAAUCACCACGCCCAUCAUCAAUAACACGUCCAACAUAGAUACCCUUGGAUGGCUGACGGCUGUCUUGGAUGCAUCGCUCAUCUCCAAUGUUGUCAACGCCAUGGAGGGCCUCGACAAGAGCGGUCUUACCCUGCUUUUCGGCCCGAACAAUGCCAGCAAUGUUUUCCCUGCCGAAUACCUGUACGAUGCUGCAGACCCUAGCGCUCCCGAGGACGUACAGGUGCGCUAUCUUGCCCCGCCAACGCAGCGAUCAGAGGUGCAGAGGCAUGGUCAAUAUGAUACUGCUCUCGAUCCACCGCCAUUUUCCUGGACAAAGUAUCCCGCCAUACGCAAGGGCUUCACCAAGCCGACUGGCGCCACCAACAACGCUGGAAGCAUCAUCUCUACUAGCAAUGAGGAUGGCGAUAAUGUUGCUGUUGGAUACGCUGUCAUCAAUAGUCCUAUGGUCGACUGGAUGGUUGUGGUAGAGCAAACCCAUGAUGAAGUCUGGGGACCCAUCUACCACCUACGCAACGUCAUCAUCGCAUGUGUGUUUGGCACACUGGGUGCCAUGUUACUCCUCACGUUUCCUGUAGCACAUUUCUCCAGCCAGCCGAUCCGAAGACUCCGAGACGCCACCAAGAAAACCGUAGCGCCCCACAUGUUCGAGGACGAUGAUUUCAGCUCGCAGAACGAUUGUCCCAAUGAUAGUUCGGAAGACGGGGCUCUUGCCCGUAAAGAAGGCUUCUUUGGCCAGAUCGUUCAUUACCGGAGGAAUGCAAAACUCAACCGUGCAGAGAAGACAGAAGCAGAGAGGCGGAGGCAGUUCCGCAUUCCGGGCAAGGUCAAAGACCGCAAGCACUUCGUCCACGACGAACUCACCGACCUAACGACCACCUUUAACGAGAUGACGGACGAGCUGAUGAUGCAGUACGAGAAAUUGGAGGAGAGGGUAGCACAAAGAACGGCCGAGCUCGAACAGAGCAAAAAGGCGGCUGAAGCGGCCAACGAAAGCAAAACCUUGUUCAUCGCAAACAUUUCGCACGAGCUGAAAACGCCGCUGAACGGUAUCUUAGGCAUGUGCGCUGUGUGCAUGUCGGAAGACGACCCAAUCAAGUUAAGACGAUCGUUAGGCAUCAUCUACAAGAGCGGAGACUUGCUACUCAAUCUACUCACAGAUCUCUUGACCUUCAGCAAAAACCAGGUUGGUCAACAACUAAGUCUAGAUGAGAAGGAGUUCCGGUUACGCGAUAUCAGCUCGCAAGUCUUGGCUAUUUUCGAAAAGCAGGCAAGAGAAGGCGGUAUCAAGCUCGCCGUCGAAUUCGAGGGACCAUAUGAGAACAAUCUGGACGACAACGGACGACCCAACGAACUACGCGAUCUCGGACCCUUCGGACUAGGCCGUCUCAAGGACAUGGUUUUGUACGGUGACCAACAUCGAAUACUCCAAGUCGUUAUCAACUUGGUAUCGAACAGUCUCAAGUUCACUCCACAAGGCGGUUCUGUUACGCUUACCAUCCGUUGCCCUGGGGAGGCCCACAUGUCUGACAGUCGCAAAGCCUCUCUACAAUCACGACAAAGCUCUACACGCAACUCAAAAACUCGCAUGAGAGCCUCUGCGUCGGAGGUAGGAUCCGUUUCGGUUGCCACACCACCAGACCACAACUACGGCACUGCCAAUGUCAUCAACGUCAUGGGCAAAGGAGACGCAUUCGCCCGCUACAUGGCACAAGAGCGAGCUGCGACACCACCGCCCGGAAGAUGGUUGUCUUUCGAAUUUGAGGUGGAAGACACUGGUCCUGGUAUACCUGACAAUCUACACUCCAAGAUUUUCGAGCCUUUUGUUCAAGGUGAUCUGGGGCUUAGCAAGAAGUUUGGAGGCACAGGCCUUGGUCUGAGUAUUUGUUCGCAACUUGCUGGUUUGAUGAAGGGUACCAUUGGUCUCAAGAGUGAGGUCGGACAUGGAAGUGUGUUUACCAUGGUAAUACCGUUGAAGCAUCUCACCAGUCGGGCCGACAGUACAGCAAGCUCAAGAAACGUCAACCUGGAAACCGGGACACCGCGCCGGAGUCUGUCGAUCGACGAGCCGCAGCGAGGCCGCUCACAUGAUGACGCGCUUUCGGCCCGCUCGAUACAAUCCGCUACAAGUGGUCCGAUCGUUGCUGGGAACACCGUUGCUACUGCUCCACAAGGGCCAGUGGCAUUCGACACCGACAAUCAACCUCGUCUUGUUGGUCUCAGUCAGCCUUUCUUCGCUUCAAACGCGCCACUAGAAUCGCCAAACUCGCAGGUCGCGGCUAUGAAGCGGGUGGAAGCCGAAGCAACAAAACGAGGAGACAAGGUCAAGGUGCUCGUCGCUGAGGACAACAAGACUAAUCAAGAGGUCGUACUGCGCAUGUUGAAGCUGGAAGACGUAUACGAUGUGACUGUCGCGAAGGAUGGCCAGGAAGCACUCGACAAGGUCAUGGAGAGUAUGGAACGUCAAGCCCCAUACAAUCUCAUCUUCAUGGACGUCCAAAUGCCCAACCUGGAUGGUCUGCAAUCAACGCGACUCAUCCGACAGUCCGGCUUCUCAGCUCCCAUCGUCGCUCUGACAGCGUAUGCGGAGGAGAGCAAUGUCAAGGAAUGCCUCGAUUCAGGCAUGGACUUCUUCCUCUCUAAACCGAUUCGCCGGCCCGCGCUCAAACACGUCCUCAAAACAUACUGCCCCACGAUUCCGGAAGAGGAUUCGGAUACAACGCCGCCUGGUUCCGCGAAACUGGCCCCCAAAAUAAACGGUGCAGUGGUAGUCCCAGCUCCUGGAGCGAACACCACAGCACCUUUCACCAUCGUAUCUGGGACGAACACAAGCGAGAAUCGUCGUGCGGAUGAAUCGCCUGCUGUAUCGCCUAUGACUUCGCCACCCGCUGCGUAG